GAGAAGGACCGUGAAAUUCAACUGAUUCUCCAACUACCGAAACAAGAUCUCUCACCCGUGUAUUGUAAACAGCUCAACGAUGAUAUAGUAAAGACUGCAUUUGAACAGUUUACAGAGAUCCGGGAUAUUACAGCAUUAGGGAUAGCUUCUGUACAAGACUACCUCAAAGAAGAUAAGAAUUGUGUGAAAUGUGACGGGGAAAUAGAAGCUGGUGACAUGGGUGUAGUUGCCCCAAAAGCAGGUGACGACAAAUGUUGGCACCCUGCAUGUUUUGUAUGCGCCACAUGUGAUGAGCUCUUAGUUGACCUAGUCUAUUGCUGUAGGGAUGAUAGGUUAUAUUGUGAGAGACACUACGCAGAACUACUAAGGCCUAGAUGCGGGGGCUGUGAUGAGUUGAUAUUCUCUGGGGAGUAUACUAAAGCCAUGGAUGAAGACUUCCAUCAGGGCCAUUUUGCCUGCAUCAAGUGUGAGAAAUCGUUAACAGGUCACCGUUACAUCCUGCGUGAGGAGAAGCCAUAUUGUAUUGUAUGUUACGAGGCAACCUUCGCUAACACGUGUGAGGAGUGCAAAGCUACCAUCGGCACUGAUUCCAAGGAUCUCUCCUACAAAGAGAAACAUUGGCAUGAGAAGUGUUUCCACUGCUCCAAGUGUGAUGUCUCAUUGGUCGAUCAGCCUUUCGCGUCAAAGAAUGAGAAACUUUUCUGUGCCGAGUGCCACGACCAGAACUUUGCCGCUCGCUGUGAUGGAUGUGGUGACAUCUUUAGAGCAGGCAAGAAAAAGUUCGAGCAUAAAGGCAAGCACUGGCAUGAAGAGUGUUUUAGAUGCAAGCAGUGUGAUGAGCCUAUUGGACAAAAACGCUUCGUUCCCAUGGAGAAAGAAGUUGUUUGCAUGCCUUGUUAUGAGGAACACUUCGCUGAUAAGUGUAAAGCAUGCGGGAAGGUUAUUAACAAAGGUGGCGUUACCUACAAGGAAGCCCCAUGGCAUCGUGAAUGCUUCACGUGCACCAACUGCCAAAGUCAGCUAGCGGGCGAGAAGUUCACCUCCCGUGAUGAGAAACCCUACUGCGCUAACUGCUUUGGAGAGCUGUUCGCUAAGAAGUGUUGCCGUUGCACUGCCCCCAUUACUGGAUUGGGUGGUACCAAGUUUAUUUCGUUUGAGGAACGCCACUGGCAUAGCGACUGCUUUGUUUGCUAUCGCUGCAACAUCUCUUUGGUCGGCAAGGGCUUCCUGACUGACUCCGAGGAAAUCUUGUGUCCCGAAUGCGGCCGUAACUAGGCAACAAGAAGUCGUAACUAGGCAACACUGAUGCCUGAUCCCAGCACUGUUUAUUAACUCUUCUGUUCAAAAAUGACUUUAUGAGUUCUUUAAAAAAGCGACUGAGUUUUGUGCAUGUUAUUUUUCACAAUUACGAUUGGUUUACAAACAAACAUGGUUGUGCAAACUCUACUGCAUUUAAUUUUUUUUCGUUUGAGACUUAUUAGAUUACUUACAUAUAGUAAUUAGGGUUAUAUACUUCAAAAAGGUUAAAUCUAAGAUUUUAUUUACCUUUUUAAUUUCACUUAUAAAAACAACUUAUUGAAACUUUUAGUUUAUGGUUUCAUUUAAAAAAAAGUAGUUGUAGAUAUAAAAAAUUGUGAACUUAUUAUCAUAAUUGAAUCUUCAUGAAGUUAAUAAUACACUUCAUUUAAAAGGCAUUAGGUACCCUCCCUGGAUGGCCUGUAUUUACAAUAAACUUUGUUGAGUACAUACAAUAAAAAUUGUAGAAGUACAAUAAACAUUGUUGAGAAUCAUUUUGCAUGUCAUCAAAAAUUUCUAAUAUUUGUCCAGACGAUUCAGGGAUCAGAAUUUCAAUAGAUUAAUUCAAAAUAAAAUAGUGCAACUGCCAGUUAAAGAUAUAGUAAACUAUAUACUUGUAUGUAAUGUUAGAUUCAAUAUUCAGUCUCUGUCAAUUUUUAGAGCUCUUUUUAGAAAAUCUGUAAAGAUGUUUGUGUGAAAACCUAUGCUAUUGGUCUGUAGAGACUAUAAUGAAUAUUUGCAACCCUUAUGUCAAUUUGUUUGUAAUUUAUUCAAACUGUUUUGUAUCAUCACGUUAUUCUUUCAUGUUAUCAUCUUUUUAGUAUGAACAAAAUGAGGAAUUUUAUACAAGAAUUUUACAAAAUGAAUUUUAAAAUGAUUAUAUACAAGAUAUAAUGAUGUUAGGCGAAUUUUAAUAUUGUUAUUUGAGAGAUUUGAAAACUGAAAAAUUUACAAAAGCAUUUUGGAGUAUGGGAACAGAGAAUUGAGUUUUCGAUAGUCAUUAAAGUAUUGUAAUAUUUUAGUUAUAUCAAAACAUAUCGCACACUAUAAAGUGUUGUGUAUUUGUUGAAAGGAGUGUUCUGUACUCAAUCAGUUGAACUUUAGAAAAUAUGAAAUAUUCUGUACAAAAAUAUUUAUUAUGAUAGCAUGCAUGCUAAUUUGUUAUGCACCACUAACUUGUUUUAGUAAAAAAGUCGAAAAUGAAAAAAAAUGACAACAAAAAUAUUUAAUAAUAUUCAAACGAACUUUCAUAGUCACUUGCUUCAUUUUAAAUGUAACACUUAAAGUGUGAAUAAUAGCAUACAUGUUAAUAACUGCCUUUUAAGGUUCAAGGUUAUUGAGACCUUAAGUGUUACAUUUAAGAACAGAACUUCUCUGUAUGUCCCUUAUGUCCUAAAAUACAGCCUGGGAAAUUUUAAGAGGGAUCAAUUUUUUUCAGGUUCGAUUUUACGAUAACCUUUUCACAAUUAGCUUAAUUCAGCGCCACCUUUAUGAUGCAAACCAGCCUAGAC